CCGAAAUCAAGCCAGCAAGCGUCACUCUGCCAGGGUUUUGGAAGCGCAGUUGAUCGUCGCAGGGGUCCGCGCUCCGCGAAUUUCGCAUCACGUCCAUUGAGACUAAUAGUAAACCCCCAACUUUUAUUAACAAUUAUCAAUUAUCGCGCGUGACAAGAAUCCUACAAUAGCGUCACCACUACUAUCGCGAAAGAAUAACCAUCACUUUUCAAAUAGGAGCUAUUCGCAAUUGAAUCCACCUUGACACCCCGCGACAGCACGCAGUAUUCCGGAGCAGUAAAACAUCGAAAUAUAUAGUAUAACUAUAUAAUAUCCCAAGAAGAAAAAAAGAAAAAAAAAGAAAAAAAGGCUGUACAUAAUGAGCGGCGACAGUCAUGCGCUUCCUGUGAGGCAGGCCACAACUCUCAGCGAUGAAGCCGUACCGGAUGUUGACCCUACUUCGACUGCCGGUUUACUUGCAGAAAGACUUCAGGCCUGGAAACAUGCCGUAGGCUAUCUAGAAGACUAUGUCGGAGCUGUUGAGAAGGUACAUAGAGCGCACGCUAAGGAGUAUGAGAAAGUUCUUAAGACGAUUUCUCAUCCCUUAAGAGAAGGGGCGCAUUUCGCCCAGGGUCUCGGUGGUGUGGCCGGUUUCUUUGAAAACAUGCGAGUUAACACUCAGGCCAUGAUCAAUUCGAAUGCCGAGACCGAAAAGACCCUCAAAGGAUCCGUCCUACCAAUUCUCGAGCGACUACAUAAAGAGAUUAAGGCGAAGCAUAAGGAAGUUUCCCAUGGGGUUGAGAAGAGCGCCAAGGAGAUCGAGAAGGCCAGGAAUACUACCCAGAAGCAUAUCGAGCUUCUGGGUCAACAAGCUGCGUCUUUCGAGUCGGCUGGCGGCAAGCUGACCCCUACCGAUGACCCAUACGUUGUCCGGCGCGGCGUCAUCCACAGGCUGAACAAACAGGUUAUCGAAGAAAACAAUCACCGAAACGAUCUUAUCGUUAUACAGGAUGGUUUCAAGGCUUUCGAAGCCCACGUGAUACAAGUAGUUCAGCAAGCGAUGGAUGCUCUCAACCAGGUCGCUGGUGGGCAGGCUGAGAAGACUAGGGCGCUUUACGUCGAUAUGCUCGGCGCGGCGCAACAAAUCCCACCUGACUUUGAGUGGAGCGGGUUUAUUACCCGUGAGGGCCACCGGCUGGUCGAUCCGAACGACCCGCCUCGGAGCGUGGAUGCGAUUAACUUCCCAAAUCAGGACCACAGUUCAACUAAGCCACUCAUCGAAGGUAGUCUGGAACGCAAGUCGCGAAACAAGCUGUCGUGGGGUACGCAAUCGGGGUACUAUGUCGUGACCCCGUCCAAGUAUUUGCACGAAUUUAAAGACGACGAUAACUUACGACACGACCCGAAGCCGGAACUUUCUAUUUUCCUACCAGACGCUGCGAUCAGUGCACCAUCAGGUGAAAAAUUCACUAUCAAAGGAAAGGAUAAGGGCGGUAGCUUUAGCAGUAAACUCGCUGGCACUUCUGAACUUCAUUUUAAAGCCCACUCGGCCGCCGAGGCUCAGAAAUGGUAUGAGGCCAUCUGUAUUGCGGCCGGCACAUCAGGCGCAGCUUACGAAAGCUCAGCAUCGUCGCCAAAUGCUAGCCUUCCGGGCUCUGUCAGCGAAAAAUCAAAACUCGAGAGGAUGAACUCUGGACACAAGGAGCAGGACACAGGUAUUAUGGGUGGUGACACUGUUAGUAGCCCCACAGCCCUAUCGCCUGCGGUAAGUCGACAGAACACUUUCAAGAACGGAGCCGAGAAGAAGUCAACUGCCUAGGGACGCAGCUCGUCUAUUGUGCCGAGUUAAAAGAGAUUGGAAGUUCUUUGCGGUUGAGGACAUUGUCCUAGGCUUCUACGGAAAGUCUGAAUAGAACACGGCGAACGUCAUCGUGGAGCGCGGCAGUGCGGCUUAAAGCGUGAACGCGAUUUAAUGGAGGGCAAAUGCAAGUUCGAUAUGCGAUAUACCUGGGAGCGGGGGUGCCUGGAAGCGUGACCGAAUCAGUAUGCGUCAGCAAUCGAGACCGAAAGGGUAUCGUUUAUGGGUGGAAGGAUGAGGUGGUAUUAUAUCUUCUUACUGUGGCUUUUUGAUCUAGUUAUUACUUAAGACUUAAUAACGUUAAUGAAUCCGUCUUAAAAAUUGUCUAUUUUAUAGUCAUUAAAUG